GAAAUACGCUCAUCUACCCAAGCUAAAGCAUGGUAACAUAUGCUAAGGGCGGCUAAUGUCCGCCAAGCUAAGAAAUGCUAACAUAUGCUAAGGGCGGCUAAUGUCCGCCAAGCUAAAAAAUGCUAACAUAUGCUAUGGUCGGCUAAUGUCCGCCAAGCUAAGAAAUGCUAACAUAUGCUAUGGUUGGCUAAUGUCCGCCAAGCAAAGAAAUGCUAACAUAUGCUAAGGUCGGCUAAUGUCGGACAGGCUCCUCCUCCGACUCGCACUGGCGGGAGAUGUGAAGGACAGUGAGGGGUAAUACAGACAGAGCAAGCACAAUAACGGAGUAUGGAAAGCGGUGCUGGUUCGGGGCCUUGGGGCCGAACCCGUCUGGCAGUGGCGCGUUUCAGGCAGCUCCUGUUGUGUGCGAAAUGUUCCCAGCUGAUGAAAGAGCCGGUGUACCUGGGUACAUGUGAGCACAUGUUCUGCAGGAUGUGUGCUGGUCCCUGUGCCGGUGCUGGCUGCCUUGUAUGCCAGAGCCCUGCCUGGGUGAAGGACCUCCAGAUCAACCGGCAGCUCAGCAACAUUACACAGCUCUUCUGCCAGCUGGAGGCGCUGUUGAGCCCUGCUGAAGUCAUUGCUUCUCCAUCUGAAGAAUCAUCCCUGCAUCCCAGACAGUCUGCUACUGUUAAGGCUGCAAAAAACUUUAAAAUCUGGUUCAGCCCGCGAAGUCGCAAAAUACGGUGCAGGGUAGACAAACGGGUGAAGAUGGUCCCACAAGACCCCAGGAAAGGGAAAAUGCCAGAAAAACUGUCUGGGAGCUCUACCAGGUCCAAAGACCACUCUGUCUUUAGUUUCAGUUCCUCCUCCCAGGACUCAUCCUACUCAUGUGGAGCCAACAGUGAUGGCCUGAAAAAGAAGGCUGGAAAGAAGCAUGUUAGAAGGCCACCCGUAAUGUGCCAGCAGCAUGUUCUGCGCAAGCAGACAAAGAAGAUUGCGCAGAAGGAGAAGCUGGAUGCACUUAACCACCAGUGGGGGAUUGACCCAGCAAGGGCAAGUGACAGCAGGGAAGGGAAUGGCGUGCAGGUGGGAAGGUCUAGCAGGAAGGUGUCAUUCCAGUCCCCAGUGGAAGUCUGUGAUUCUCCAGCAGGGCCCCCGCCAGAUGUCCUGCAUGAGGACAGUGGCUCCCUGACUCCUACCAGGAGUCCGUCUCAGAGAGCUACGCGGGGCACAAACCAGUGGCCAAGACGGCAGCUAAUGGGGGCGGAAUCCAGUCCGGGCAGCCAGACAGCAGACAGGGAACAUUCGGACCCCUCCUGCCACAUGCCCAAAAGAGGCAGACCUCGCACUGGGGAGCGUGCCCAGGGGACCCCAAAGAAGCCCAGGCUGUCCCCUGGUCCUGGGGCACAGUUUGGAGAAAAAGGCCCGGCCCACGUGACACCAGUUGCCAGCCCUGCCACCAAAGCAUCCUACCGAAAGCUCGGAGAACAGCAGCCAGAAUCUUCUACCUCCCCACGAACCCCACCUUUCCUCAAGAGGAACCACAAGGGGGAGACUCCUUUGCACCUGGCCGCCAUAAAGGGGGACGUCAAGGCGGUUGAAGAGCUUCUGGACCAUGGGGCAGAUCCCAACCUGAAGGACCAUGCUGGCUGGACUCCCCUGCAUGAGGCAUGUAAUCUUGGGCACCUGGGUGUUGUGGCAGUACUGCUCCAGCAGGGGGCGCUGAUGAAUGCCCCAGGCUACCACAAUGACUCGCCGCUACACGACGCCGUGCAAAACGGCCAUGUGGAUGUGGUCAGGCUUCUUCUGGAGAACGGGGCCUCCAAAAGUGUGCUGAACAUGUUUGGGCUCCGUCCUGUGGACUGUGCCAGGACGGAGGAAAUGCGGGCAAUCCUUCAAAACGACCGCAAAGACCCCGCCCCCCCCUGCUCUCCCCUCAGCUCCCCGGGCGGCACGCGGAAGGUUAGGGGUCUACCGCAGAGGGAGGGGACUAUCAGGCUGCUGGGCAGCCGAAUGACCAAGCCCCAGCAGAACCAGCUGACCCAACUGGCCAGGCUUCUCGGAGGGCAGCAUGUGGACUCCUUCUCCAGUACCGUGAGUCACGUCAUCGUGCCGGACAGCACCAUGCCCACAACCAUGUCCUGCUUCCACGGGGUCCUCAACGGCUGCUGGAUGCUGAGCUUCAAAUGGGUGACGGCGUGCCUCCAGGCGAAGGGAUGGAUGGAGGAGAGCGAGUACGAGUUGGGAGGAGGGCCACUGAGGAGCCGUAUGAACAGAGCCAAUCUGCUCCCUCCACUCUUUGAUGGCUGCUUCUUUUUCUUCUUGGGCUCUUUCCAAAACCCUGCAAAGGAGGAGCUGCUCCAGUUGGUAAAGGAGGGAGGCGGGCGGGUUCUGACCCGUAAGCCGAAGCCGGACAGCGACGUGACACAGACUCUGAGCGCAGCUGCGUACCACGCCCCAUCGGGCUCAGACCAGGCCCUCUGCACCCAGUACGUCCUCCACGACCCCCAGGGUGCCUACAGACCACCCCAGCUACGCUUAGGCAAAGUCUGGUCUGCCCCGUCCUCCUGGCUGCUAGACUGUAUCUCCGCUUUCCAGCUCUUGCCAGUGCCUGAACCCAAAUCCUAGGCAGUAAAUGCCUUUAUUCCUCUGCUAUCUUCUCUUUGCCCCCAAAGAGUGCCGUCUCUCUGCCUUCAGUCACUUCCCACCCAGAAUAUAGCCAACGGGAGAGUAGAACUGGCUGUUCUUACCAGCCCUCAUAUGCGUUCCCUUGAUAUCCCACACUGACCUCCGCCUUCCACUUCUGGCACAAGUAUAUUUGAACACCUGUAUCAAAAGAAAUGUUGUUUUAUCUAUGCUGAUGCGGGCCUGUUUCAUUUUGUUUUUUUCUUUUUCUCAAUUGUAUCGGAGGAAAAGGUCUGGCGUUAUGCUCGAUUUUUACAGACAGGGUGGAGAACGGCAGGCGCAAAUUAACUCUGAGCAUUUUUGCUUCUUUGACUUUUUUGUCGUCUAAGUGCAUACGUCGUCACUUCUUAUGUCUUUCAGCGGUGACAAAUCAUAGGUAUUAAGGCACUCUCUGGCUUUGAAAUAACUGGAAAAUAACUACAGUUGAGACCACGAUCGAAGGCUAUUAUUGAGAUAUCCUUACAGUACUCCAGAAGGAAGAAGAAAGUCCUGUAACUGCUUUUUAUCGAUGGUUUAAACAUCGAUGUUCCUUAUUUUAUUUUACAUUUUCUUCUGGUCUGUUUUCUUCUGUACACUCUGGAUGCAAGCUUGAGGGAAAGCGAAAAAGAAACACUGAAAAUGUAUGUAGCUAUUGAACAUUUCAGGAAGUAGCUUACUUGCGGUCCUAUCUCAACAUUCACUUUAUAAAUAAAUAAAUUCCAAUGUCAAUUUUAAAAGCAAAAAGCAUGUUCAUCAGGGAUGUAGGUCCAGUUUUGUCAUCGAGCGCUGUUCUUAACAAGGGCAUAGAUUUGGGUAUGGAUGGUGGGGUCAUGCCCCUACCAAUAUUGUUGGGGAACCGCGUGUGUUUAGGGGAUGGGGGGUUUGGGAUUGAUUUGGUCCCAACCAAUAUUGAAUCCAAACCUACACCCUUGGUUCUUAAACAUAACAAGUAUAGAGGUGAUUCUGAGCUACGCUUGUGCCACAUGACAAUAUUAUCAGUAAUUGACGAUAUCAGACAAGAAACUGUGUCAGUACCUGACAGUGACUAACCAGCUAUUGUUGGACAAGUAGACUUAGGCUACACACAACAGUUGUAUAUUAUUAUCACAGAAUUUUUACAUUAAAAUACCACAUAUUAUUUCUUUACGUAUCACCCAGCCCUAAGAAUCUGAACCUGAUCCAGAUUCUGAUGGGUUUGAUCAAGAUUUAAUUUUAUUUGCAGUUGAAUGUUGGAUGCCACUUAAAAAGUGUAGGUGACCCAGUCCUGGAAGAGCAAUGGAGACGGCUGCUGCUGCAGGCUGGACUCCAAGGAGGUGACGGAUGGUCUUCACAGAGUGUGGUGAGAGGACAUUCAGGAGGCAUCAUUCCCUUUUUAUCAAACACAGCAGUAGAAUCCACGUUGUCCCUUUAUCCAGACAGAGCCUAAGGGGACCUGCUUAUGCUUGGCCCAGUGACUUUGGUGUCAGGGGGCUCCAGAGAGCCCUCUAUCUGCUAGAUUUUGCUCAAUUCUGUUCUCUUAAGGAUCAAUUGAUUUUACUCAGAGGUUGAUAUUUCAGGUCCAGAAAGUAAAAAUCCAAACCAAGAUUUUGUUUCAAACCAACCACUUGAGUACUCUGUAACUGUGGCUUUACAAAAUAUUUGUCUGGAUUUUCACUUUCUGUUCCUGAAUUAUCCACCUCUGGUCUUGCUCCAUCAUUCCAUACCCCAUCGGUCUAUUCAUACAGUUAUUUAUUUGUUGUUGUUAAGACUUGCUUGGGGAAAAAGCUUAAGUGUUUAAGUUCCUCCGUCAAGACGUGCCCUCCUAUAAAGACUUGAACCUACAAAGACGAUGCAUUUUCACACUGAAUAUGAAUGUUGUUUUGGUCACAGUAGUAGUUAGUAACUGUCUGACAUGAACAAUUAUUUGUAAUCCAAGAAUUUGAGGCCUUACCUGUAAACUGUUCUUAGACAUCAUUUUCUGGAAGAAAAAAUAAUUAAACCAACACACCCAUAUUUGCUUAAUACACUUUGUUCAUCUGUUUUAACAAAAUAGUUUUUGUCUUCAUAAAUAAUACACAUUUUCCACUUCAGAUUUCAGAAUACACAUCAUAAACUUUUAGGUAUUUACAGGUAUUUACUUGUUUUUGUUGAAGGACACCAGAGUGUCCGUUUCUGGGGUAGGACAAAACAUUUGGCUAAAAGAAACAUUUAUUGAAAGCAGUUAAACUUCUUUAGAUGUUCAGUCUGAAAAUGACUAUUGCAAGACAACUAAAAGAAAUUUAGUUCCAGCCUCCAAAUACAUAUUAAUGUUAAAAAAUAAAGCAAAAAAACAAAACAAAACAAAACACCCAGAAUGCACUCAUGGCAGCCUCAAACAUUGUUUAACAGUAUUUUCUAUUCAUGUCUGAUAAAGUUCUCUGUUAGUUUUCAGGCACACGUAUAACAGUUUUGUUUAAAAAAAAAAAAUAAAAAAUAAAAAAAGUCUUCCGUAGGCUCCAGCUACAGUGAGUCGGCAUCUUGUGAACAGAGCAAUAUUUAAUUUAGCGAUAACAGUACAUGGAUAGACGUGUGUGCACGCGUGUGUGUGUGUGUGCGCGUGCGUGUUAAAAAUACAUCCCAUUAGGUGACAUCGUAUACAUCAUUAGAUGCAUUCAACUGCCCAACUCACGUUGCGUCACGUCUGAAGCAGGGUCUUCACCCCUCUUCCUGUUGACAUAGUUCGCAAGGUGACCGCAACAUAAAAUUGCAAAGGUUAAUGAUGUGGAUCUUGCCUGCGUAUAGCAUUGAUGGUUGGAAGGCUUAAAGUUCCAAAAGAAAAGUUCCUAAAACCUCUUUUCACAAUGUACCAAAAAACAGUAGUAUUAAUAAUAGAAAGAAUUACAAAUACAUUCCUCUUUUGCGAAGAAAUGUUCUUUUUCCUUUUGCUUCCAGGGUUCACUGAAGUGCAGAGACAGGAACCUUCGUAGUUUGGGAAAGUCUGUCUCAGUAUCUCCACUGUAGAAAUUUAGAGAGAUAUGGACUUGUCUUCACAUCCAUCCAGCGUUCUCACCGUUAUUGCCAAAGCCGUUUGGCCCCUAGCUAUCUCACAUGAUUAAAAUGUGUUAAUGCUUAUUUUAGGCAGUAAUAUUCAAGGGUGUUCCAGAAGGAGUCAUUCAAAGAUGGAAGGAGUGAAUGAAUGAGUCUUUUUUUUUUUUCUGAAUUACAGACAUAUAUCGUUAGCUUGCUUCAUCAUGGCCAUGGAUAAUCUGUUCUAGUCCCAAUCUUCCCCUAAGGAGUAAUGUAACUACUGAAUCUGAACUGAUUGCUCCUAAACAGUGUUUUUUGGGUGUUUUCCAAAUGCUAAUUAUAUUCAACAUUAGAGAGUAUUGAAAAGUCCCUAAAUGUAUUUUGAGGUAUGUAGCUGCCUCUUGACAAGAUCUCUGUCUGCCGGUUACAGGCUGCUGUCCUCUUACUGUUCUCCUCCUUAGGUCUGGAUGACCCAAGACCCAGUGAAAUAAACACAUUGUGGAAAAUAAUUAAAGGCAACUGUGACUAAACUAA